AUGGCGGACCCGCGCGUGUCGUCGUCGUACUCGGUCGUCCCCAGGAUUCGCUACAACACCGUCGGCGGCGUCAACGGUCCCCUCGUCAUCCUCGAGAAUGUCAAAUUCCCGCAAUACAACGAGAUCGUAACUCUCACCCUGCCCGAUGGAACUGAGCGAUCGGGUCAGGUUCUGGAAGCUCGAGGUGAUCGAGCCGUCGUCCAGGUCUUCGAGGGCACUUCCGGUAUCGAUGUCAAGAAGACCAAGGUCGAGUUCACCGGCCAGAGCUUGAAGCUCGGCGUGUCCGAGGAUAUGCUUGGUCGUAUCUUUGAUGGAUCUGGACGCGCCAUCGAUAAGGGUCCCAAGGUGUUGGCCGAGGACUACCUCGACAUCAACGGUUCUCCCAUCAACCCCUACUCCCGUGAAUACCCCGAGGAGAUGAUCUCGACCGGUAUCUCUGCCAUCGACACCAUGAACUCCAUUGCCCGAGGACAAAAGAUCCCCAUCUUCUCCGCCUCUGGUCUCCCUCACAACGAAAUCGCCGCUCAGAUUUGCCGACAGGCCGGUCUCGUCCAGAAGCAGGGCAUCACCAACAAGGGCGUGCACGACGGCCACGAGGAGAACUUCUCCAUCGUCUUUGGUGCCAUGGGUGUCAACUUGGAAACUGCCCGUUUCUUCACUCGCGAUUUCGAGGAGAACGGCAGCUUGGAGCGUACCACUCUUUUCCUGAACCUCGCCAACGAUCCUACUAUCGAGCGUAUCAUUACCCCCCGUCUCGCCCUUACCACUGCCGAAUACUACGCCUACCAGCUCGAGAAGCACGUCCUGGUCAUUCUUACUGAUCUUUCCGCUUACUGCGACGCCCUUCGAGAAGUCUCGGCUGCCCGAGAAGAAGUGCCCGGUCGACGUGGUUUCCCUGGUUACAUGUACACUGAUUUGUCCACCAUCUACGAACGAGCCGGUCGUGUCGCGGGUCGCAACGGAUCCAUCACUCAGAUCCCCAUUCUGACCAUGCCCAACGAUGACAUCACCCACCCCAUUCCUGAUUUGACUGGUUACAUUACCGAGGGUCAGGUGUUUGUCGACCGUGCUCUGGCCAACCGUGGUAUCUACCCUCCCAUCAACGUGCUGCCUUCGCUGUCUCGUCUGAUGAAGUCUGCCAUUGGUGAGGGCAUGACUCGCAAGGACCACGGUGAUGUGUCGAACCAGCUGUACGCCAAGUACGCCAUCGGUCGUGAUGCCGCAGCCAUGAAGGCUGUCGUUGGUGAGGAGGCUCUGUCGGCUGAGGACAAGCUCUCGCUCGAGUUCCUGGAGAAGUUUGAGCGCCAGUUCAUCAGCCAGGGCCAGUACGAGUCGCGAAGCAUUUACGAGUCCCUGGACCUUGCGUGGAGCCUCCUCCGAAUCUACCCUAAGGAGCUGCUCAACCGUAUCCCCAGCAAGGUGCUCAACGAGUUCUACCAGCGUGCCGCCAAGGAGUCCAAGGGCAAGGGCAAGGCCCGGGCAGAGACCGAGGCCCGAGGCCAGCAGCAGACCGAGGAGAACCUUAUUGACGCAUGAGCAUGAGGGGACAGCUUGUUGGCGUUUCGAUAGAGAAUGGUAUAAUGAGCGCGCGCAAGGCAGAAGUCGGAAUCGCAGUAAGAGCAACUUGUUUUCAAAUGAUUGUUUACACGCUGGAGAGGAGGAAGAGAUUGGGAGGGCAAGAGUUGGUCUCUGCUCUGAGGGGCACAUAGGGAGCCGAGUUAA